UCCCUCCGUGUAAGGACGAGGAGGAGACGAACACAACCAUUUUGGACGCCAGAGGACAACCCAGCCAGCCAGCCAGCCAGCCAGCCGGCCAGCCAGCGACAUCACCCCGCACUGGCACCUUCGCUUUCCGGGAACACCGAGCUCACCGAGCCCCUUCCUCCAUGGAGGCCGGAGGCUGCUAGCACACGCCCGGGGAGGACGAGGAGGAGGCGGGUAUCGAAUUAACGACGACGGCGCGCACUCGCUGCUAGCAUCACAGCUCUACAAACAAGCGGCGACUAGAGAGCGGGCACCCCGAGGCCAUGGCGACGGCUUCUGUGAAGGUGGCGGUCCGAGUCCGCCCGUUCAACUCCAGGGAGAUAGGAAAAGAGAGCAAAUGCAUCAUUCAGAUGUCUGGAAACACCACCACCAUCAUCAACCCCAAACAGGCCAGAGACAACAAGAGCUUCAACUUUGAUUACUCCUACUGGUCCCACACCACGCCGGAGGAUGCCAACUUCGCGUCCCAGAAGCUGGUCUACCAAGACAUCGGAGAGGAAAUGCUGCUCCACGCCUUCGAGGGCUACAACGUCUGCAUCUUCGCCUACGGCCAGACGGGCGCCGGCAAGUCCUACACCAUGAUGGGCAAGCAGGACGUGAAGGAUCAACAGGGGAUCAUGCCAUUGUUAUGUGAGGAUCUGUUUACAAAAAUCAACGACCACACAGACAACAGCAUGUCUUACUCUGUGGAGGUGAGCUACAUGGAGAUCUACUGUGAGCGCGUGCGCGACCUGCUCAACCCUAAAAACAAAGGCAACCUCCGAGUGCGAGAGCAUCCUCUGAUGGGACCCUACGUGGAGGACCUGUCCAAGCUGGCCGUCACCGACUACAACGACAUCCAGGACCUGAUGGACUCUGGCAACAAGGCCAGGACUGUGGCCGCGACCAACAUGAACGAGACCAGCAGUCGCUCCCACGCCGUCUUCAACAUCAUCUUCACUCAGAAACGCCACGAUGCCGACACUGACAACACCUUAGAGAAGGUCAGUAAGAUCAGUUUGGUGGAUUUGGCCGGCAGCGAAAGAGCCGAUUCCACCGGAGCCAAAGGAACCAGGCUGAAGGAAGGAGCUAACAUCAACAAAUCUCUAACCACGCUGGGAAAAGUCAUCUCCGCUUUAGCAGAUGUGGACUCGGGACCCAACAAGAACAAAAAGAAGAAGAAGGCAGAAAGUUUUAUUCCCUACAGAGACUCCGUCCUCACCUGGCUGCUCCGAGAGAAUCUGGGUGGGAACUCUCGCACCGCCAUGGUCGCCGCGCUGAGCCCGGCCGACAUCAACUAUGACGAGACGCUCAGCACGCUCAGGUACGCCGACCGCGCCAAGCAGAUCCGCUGCAACGCCGUCAUCAACGAGGAUCCCAACAACCGGCUGGUGCGCGAGCUGAAGGAGGAGGUGUCCCGUCUCAAGGAUCUCCUCUUCGCCCAGGGUCUGGGCGACAUCAUCGACACAUUCCCAGGCUCCGCCGCUGAGAUCCAGGAUUUGAAAUUGACCAACGCCAUGACGGGUAUGAGUCCCUCCCCGUCUCUGUCCGCCUUGUCCAGCCGGGCCGGAUCCAUCGCCAGCCUGCACGACCGCAUCAUGUUCAGCCCGGGCAGCGAGCAGGCCAUCGAGCGCCUUAAGGAAACGGAGAAGAUCAUUGCCGAGCUUAACGAGACGUGGGAGGAGAAACUUCGCCGCACAGAAGCCAUUCGAAUGGAACGGGAGGCCCUGCUGGCAGAAAUGGGCGUGGCCAUGCGAGAGGACGGCGGGACAGUGGGCGUCUUCUCCCCGAAGAAGACCCCUCAUCUGGUCAACCUCAACGAGGACCCCCUCAUGUCCGAGUGUCUGCUCUACUACAUCAAGGAUGGCAUCACAAGGGUGGGUCGUCUUGACGCCAGCAGCCGCCAGGACAUCGUCCUCAGUGGUCACUUCAUCAAGGACCAGCACUGCACCUUCACCAGCUGCACAGAUGUGCAGGGAGAGACCGUGGUCCUCCAGCCGUGUGAAGAAGCCCUGACCUAUGUCAACGGCAAGAGAGUGACCCAGCCCACAGUUCUCAGAUCAGGAAACCGCAUCAUCCUGGGGAAGAGCCACGUGUUCCGCUUCAACCACCCGGAGCAGGCCCGAGCCGAGAGGGAGAGGACCCCCUGUGCCGAGACCCCCGCAGAGCCCAUGGACUGGGCCUUUGCCCAGAGGGAGCUGCUGGACAAGCAGGGCAUUGACAUGAAGCAGGAGAUGGAACAAAGGCUGCAGGAGCUGGAGGAGCAAUACCGCAAAGAAAGAGAGGAGGCCAACAACCUGCUGGAGCAGCAAAGACUGGACUACGAGAGCAAGCUGGAGGCUCUUCAGAAGCAGGUGGAUCGUUAUUACCCAGAAGCCCCUGAGGAAGAGGAGGAGCCAGAAGAAGAAGUGGCGUGGAGCCACAAGGAGCGAGAGCUGGCGGUGUGGACCUUCCGCAGGUGGAGGUCUUACCAGUUCACCUCUCUGCGGGACCUGCUGUGGGGCAACGCCAUCUUCCUCAAGGAGGCCAACGCCAUCAGCGUGGAGCUGAAGAAGAAGGUCCAGUUCCAGUUUGUGCUGCUGACAGACACCCUCUACUCGCCUCUACCGCCUGACCUGCUGCCGGCCAGCAAAGACCUGGACCACACACACUUUCCUCAGACCAUGGUCGCCGUGGAGGUGCAGGACCAGAAGAACGCAGCCACUCACUACUGGACCUUGGAAAAACUAAGGCAGAGGCUGGAUCUCAUGAGGGAGAUGUACGACCGCGCUGCUGAAGUUCCUCCCACCACCACGUCAACAGACAACGGCGAGAGCGCCAUGACGGGCAGCGACCCUUUCUAUGACCGCUUCCCAUGGUUCCGUCUGGUCGGCAGAAACCCUCUUUUCAACACUUGCAUGAGCGAGCGCAUGAGCGAGCCCACCCCGUCCCCGACCCUCUCCAGCUCUGAAAUGACCGAGCCGGCGGAGGGUCGAGGGGAGGAGGAGGAGUUGGAGGACCUGGACGAUGAUAUCUUUUUGGACGACUCAUGCUUGGAGCUGGGGGGAGAGGAGGAGGAGGAUGAUGAUGAGGAUGAGGAGGAGCGAGAGCUCUGCCAAGGUUCCAGCGAAGGCCAGGAUCCCUUUUACGACCGCUCGCCGUUAUUCAGUGUAGUGGGAAGGUCCUUUGUCUACCUCAGCAACCUGCUCUACCCCGUGCCCCUGGUCCACCGCGUGGCCGUGGUCAGCGAGAAGGGAGACGUGAAGGGUUUCCUGCGAGUGGCGGUGCAGGCCAUAUCGGCCGACGAGGAGGCCCCGGACUACGGCUCCGGGGUGAGGCAGUCGGGCACAGCCAAGAUCUCCUUUGAGGACCAGCAGUAUGAGAAGUUCCAGUCAGAGUCCUGCUCGGCGGGCCUGUCCCGGAUCGGGACCUCCCAGGAGGAGCUUCGGAUCGUAGAAGGCGAGGGUCAAAGUGCCGAGAUGGGACCCUCAGCGGACGAAGUCAACAAUAACACAUGUGCGGCUGGUGGCGAAGAAGGCGAGCCCGGUCUGGACGACCAGACGGACACUCCGGAGCACCUCAGAGUGGGCAGCGUUUUCACCUUUAGGGUGACGGUGCUGCAAGCCUCCAGUAUCUCCGCAGAGUACGCCGACAUCUUCUGCCAGUUCAAUUUCAUUCACCGCCACGAUGAGGCCUUCUCCACGGAGCCCCUGAAGAACACAGGCCGGGGCCCCCCGCUGGGCUUCUACCACGUGCAGAAUAUCGCGGUGGAAGUGACCAAGUCCUUGGUGGAUUACAUCAAGACCCAGCCUCUGGUGUUUGAGGUGUUUGGACACUACCAGAAGCAGCCCUUUCUUCCCCUCUGUAAAGACAUCAUCAGUCCACUGCGGCCGUGCAGGAGACAGUUCCCACGCGUGAUGCCCCUGUCCCAACCAGUACCUGCCACCAAGCUGACAGCCGUGACCCGCCCACAAGCCGGGCCGUGCCACUGCAAAUACGACCUGAUGGUUUUAUUCGAGAUCUGCGAGCUGGAGGCCAACGGGGAUUACAUCCCGGCUGUGGUGGACCACAGAGGAGGGAUGCCUUGUCACGGCACCUUCCUGCUGCACCAGGGCCUCCAGAGGAGAAUCACUGUGACAAUAGUCCACGAGUCAGGGGGCGACAUUGAAUGGAGGGAUGUCCGAGAGCUUGUUGUGGGACGUCUCCGCAACACGCCUGAAUCUGACGAGACCCUGGUGGACCCUAAUAUUCUGUCCCUCAACAUCUUGUCUGCCGGCUACGUCAAGCCCUUGCAGGACGACAGACAGUUUCUUGAUUCCGACAUGCCUAGGACCUUCUAUCGCUUUGAGACGGCCUGGGACAGCUCCAUGCACAACUCCUUGCUCCUCAACCGGGUGACGCCGUGCGGGGAGAAGAUCUACAUGACACUGUCUGCCUACUUGGAGAUGGAGAGGUGCACUCAGCCGGCCGUCAUCACCAAAGACAUCUGCAUGCUCUUCUACUCUCGCGACACCAAGCUCUCUUCCUCUCGCUCCAUCCGCAACCUUUUUGGCACAGGAAGUCUGAGAGCGGCAGACGGGAACCGUGUCAGCGGCGUGUACGAGGUCAGCUUGUGCAACCUGGCCGACGCAGGAAGUCCAGGCAUGCAGAGACGACGCAGGCGGGUGCUGGACACCUCGGUGGCGUACGUGCGCGGGGAGGAGAACCUGGCCGGGUGGAGGCCUCGCAGCGACAGCCUGAUCCUGGAGCACCAGUGGGAGCUGGAGAAACUCAGCCUGCUUCAAGACGUGGAGAAGACCAAACAUUUCCUCCUGCUGAGAGAGAAGCUGGAGUCCACCCUGCUGGACGCUAACACAGAAGAACUUCUCAGCCACCAGCCGGAUGUGGCCGGCGCUUCGGAGCUCACCAGCGAGAGGCAGCGCCAGCUCGCCAUGAAGUGUCUGCGCCUGCUGUCUCACUCCUUCGACCGGGACCACCGCCACCUGUGUGUCAGCGCCAGUGAGAGCAAGAUAUCGCAGAUGUCCGUCACCACGCUCGGAGACUCCGCCUCCGUCUCCGCCCUCAACACCAUCACACCCUCCUCCACCUGCCCUUCCCUGGUGGAGGGUUGCUAUAGCAACGCUGAACUCAGACCUCCCGCUCUUCGCUCCCGUGCCGUCAGCCCGGGUCCCGACACGCAGCAGGACGCGGGUCCCGACACGCAGCAGGACGCAGACCCCAAGACGUGUGAAGAGAAACCUCGCAUCCGUAGAUUUGUCCCUGACAUCCAGGAGAUCCGAGUCAGCCCCAUCGUGUCCAAGAAAGGCUAUCUGCACUUCUUGGAUCCGCACACCAACAGCUGGGUGAAGCGCUACGUGGUGGUGCGCCGGCCCUACGUCUACAUUUACAACACGGAGCGUGACGGCGUGGAGCGCGCCAUCCUCAAUCUGUCCUCCGCUCAGGUGGAGUACAGUGAGGACCAGCAGGCCAUGCUGAAGACCCCCAACACCUUUGCUGUGUGCACGGAGCAUCGUGGGAUAUUACUUCAAGCUGGCAGUGACAAGGACAUGCAUGACUGGCUGUAUGCCUUCAACCCUCUCCUGGCAGGGACCAUCAGGUCAAAGUUGUCCAGAAGACGAGUGGGACAGAUGAGGAUGUGAGGACCAAGGGCAAAGGGGUCCGGGGGGGGGGUCAUGACAAAGACUUGACUUGUACAUAGAAAGCCCCUCCCCCGCGACCACGAAGGCCCACCCGGCGGCGAGGACGAGGCGUCCCUGUCAUACGUGUGGUGAUGUAGUUGUUGUCCUGGGGCAUGAUUCUCUUCUCUCGCUGCUCCACACCUCCUUUUUCUUUACCUGCCUCGCUUAUUUAUUCCCGCAUGGAUUUAUUUACAAAGACAUUUAUAUUUCUAAAGUACGGUGCAAUUUCUGCACACUGCACUUUGUAAGAAGCUCGUCGCUGUUUCCCUCCGUCACGUCGGCCACCCGCGGGAAACGUCCGCUUUUCAGUUUGGCCGAGUCAGCAGAAUAAUGUCAUGCAGUGCCUCUCUCUCUCUCUCUCUCUCUCUCUCUCUCUCUCUCUCUCUCUCUCUCUCUCUCUCUCUCUCUCUCUCUCUCUCUCUCUCGCUUCAGUUUGCCUCUGAUCAAGGGUGUUGUCAGUCUGUGACCUUCAUGCUGCGACCUUCAUCUUCUCUUCUGUCCAACAGCGAGCCAUGUCUGCUCCUGGCAUGGCACCCACCAAAUCCCCCCCCGCCCCCCCGUCCAAUUGACCAAGUUAGGGUACCAGUUUGGCGAUCACUCCAGCAGCACUGAGAGCAGACUCAGCCAAACUACCUCUCGGUCGUUUUUGCAAAAGAAAUUGACUAAAAAAAACAAAAACGCUCCAACAUGACGUUAAGUAAGGCUCCGGUACUCUGAAAAUGCGCUAGCUUGAUGCUAAUAUACAUUGUCUUUGCUAUUGACGUGCUAGCUAGCAGGCACAAGACAUUGAAACAACGUUGAGAAUUGGUUGAAUGAGGUCCUGACGUCGAGCGACUCGAACAUAACGUUGAAACAACAUGCUUUUUGACGACGCUAAAUCAAUGUCAGGUUGUGAUGUUGAUUUGACCAUUGACUUUUGGUCAUUUCCCAACCAAUAUUCUACAAAACAAAUACAACGUUGAAACAACAUGCUUUUUGACAACGUUUAAUCAAUCUUGGGUUCUCACGUUGAUUUGACCAUUGAAUUUUGGUCAUUUCCUAAACAAUAUUCUACAUCACAAAUACAACGUUGAAACAACAUGCUUUUUGACAACGUUUAUUAAAAUUUUGGUCAUUUCCUAAACAAUAUUCUACAACACAAAUACAACGUUGAAACAACAUACUUUAUGACAACGUUUAUUAAAAUUUUGGUCAUUUCCUGAACAAUAUUCUACAACACAAAUACAACGUUGAAACAACAUGCUUUUUGACAACGUUUAUUUUAAAUUUUGGUCAUUUCCCAACCAAUAUUCUACAUCACAAAUACAACGUUGAAACAACAUGCUUUUUGACGACGUUUAAUCAAUGUUGGGUUCUCACGUUGAUUUAACCAUUGAAUUUUGGUCAUUUCCUAAACAAUAUUCUACAUCACAAAUACAACGUUGAAACAACAUGCUUUUUGACAAUGUUUAUUAAAAUUUUGGUCAUUUCCUAAACAAUAUUCUAUAUCACAAAUACAACGUUGAAACAACAUGCUUUUUGACAACGUUUAUUUUGAAUUUUGGUCAUUUCCCAACCAAUAUUCUACAUCACAAAUACAACGUUGAAACAACAUGCUUUUUGACGACUUUUAAUCAAUGUUGGGUUCUGACGUUGAUUUGACCAUUGAAAUUUGGUCAUUUCCCAACCAAUAUUCUACAACAAAAAUACAACAUUGAAAUAACAUGCUUUUUGACGACGUUUAUUAAAAUUUUGGUCAUUUCCCAACCAAUAUUGUACAAAACAAAUACAACAUUGAAACAACAUGCUUUUUGACGACGUUUAAUCAAUGUUGGGUUCUCACGUUGAUUUAACCAUUGAAUUUUGGUCAUUUCCUAAACAAUAUUCUACAUCACAAACACAACGUUGAAACAACAUGCUUUUUGACAACGUUUAUUAAAAUUUUGGUCAUUUCCUAAACAAUAUUCUACAACACAAAUACAACGUUGAAACAACAUACUUUAUGACAACGGUUAUUAAAAUUUUGGUCAUUUCCUGAACAAUAUUCUACAACACAAAUACAACGUUGAAACAACAUGCUUUUUGACAACGUUUAUUUUAAAUUUUGGUCAUUUCCCAACCAAUAUUCUACAUCACAAAUACAACGUUGAAACAACAUGCUUUUUGACGACUUUUAAUCAAUGUUGGGUUCUGACGUUGAUUUGACAUUGAAUUUUGGUCAUUUCCCAACCAAUAUUCUACAACACAAAUACAACGUUGAAACAACAUGCUUUUUGACGACGUUUUAUCAAUGUUGGGUUUUGAUGUUGAUUUGACAUUGAAUUUUGGUCAUUUCCCAACACAAAUACAACGUUGAAACAACAUGCUUCUUGACGACGUUUAAUCAAUGUUGGGUUCUCACGUUGAUUUAAUCAUUGAAUUUUGGUCAUUUCCUAACCAACAGCGUGGAUCCAACGUUGGACAUCAACCAUGUCUCAAUUUACAAAUACAACUAUUUUGCAACGUUGUUUCGAAGUCAGUUUUAAAGGACGUGUACGUAUAAUCAACGUUGUAUACAAUGUCUCGUGCCUGCUGGGUACUGAUUAGCAUUAGCGAUUUUACAUGGCAAUUUCAACACCUCCCACAUUUGUGAACUACAACCAAGAUGCACGUUACAAUCAAACUGUUGUGUUAUAAAUGCGAUACUUGCAGUAUUAACACUUUUUAGGGCGCAACAAAAACCAUAAAAACACAGAAUAAACUAUAGACUACUGCCAUCUAACGUCCAGGACUGUAACUGCAACUUCAAAUGACAAUGCAAGCAGUCCUGCAGUGUGUUUACUUGUGUGUGAUAUCAUGUGCGAUACAAGCAGUCCUGCAGUGUGUUUACUUGUGUGUGAUACCAUGUGCGAUACAAGCAGUCCUGCAGUGUGUUUACUUGUGUGUGAUAUCAUGUGCGAUACAAGCAGUCCUGCAGACUGUUUACUUGGGUGUGAUAUCAUGCGCGAUACAAGCAGUCCUGCAGACUGUUUACUUGGGUGUGGUAUCAUGUGUGAUACAAGCAGUCCC